AGGCCUAGAACGCAGGCACGCGCAAGCCCCCCUGGGCUCGGUAGGCUGGCAGGGUGAGGGGGGAGGAGAAGGGGGAGGGGAGGGGGGUGUUAGGUGUCUAUUCAGUAGACGGCUGUGGGGCACUAAGAGUGCGAAGGCACUGCUGCCAGGCGGGUGAUCUCUGCCCUGGGCCUAGAACCGACAGGAGAGUCCGGAGCCAAGCCAGCGAAUCCCGCGAGUAGCAGUCGGCCGCUGAGACCCGGAGGGCGGCAGGGGCGAAGCCCCAGCCUAGGCCCCGCGGAGAUGUCGGGCUGCGGCGCUUGUACUUGCGGCGCCACAGCCGCGCGGCUCAUCAGCUCCUCGCUCGCCUCCGCGCCAAGAGGUAUUUCUUGUGGUCGCAUUCAUAUACCAGUUUUAGGAAGGCUUGGGACCUUUGAAACUCAGCUUCUACGAAGAGCUCCUUUUAGAGCUUUUACAGAAACACCAGCAUACUUUGCUUCAAAAGAUGGGAUGAGUAAAGAUGGCUCUGGAGAUGGAAAUAAGAAAUCAGCAAGUGAGGGAAGCAGUAAGAAGUCAGGCUCUGGGAAUUCUGGGAAAGGUGGAAACCAGCUUCGCUGUCCUAAAUGUGGCGACUUGUGCACACACGUAGAGACCUUUGUGUCAUCCACCCGCUUUGUGAAGUGUGAAAAAUGUCAUCAUUUUUUUGUUGUGCUGUCAGAAGCAGACUCAAAGAAAAGCAUAAUUAAAGAACCUGAAUCAGCAGCAGAAGCUGUAAAAUUGGCAUUCCAACAGAAACCGCCUCCUCCCCCCAAAAAGAUUUAUAACUACCUCGACAAGUACGUUGUUGGCCAGUCAUUUGCCAAGAAGGUGCUUUCAGUUGCUGUAUACAAUCAUUAUAAGAGAAUAUAUAACAAUAUCCCAGCUAAUGUGAGACAGCAAGCAGAAGUUGAGAAGCAGACAUCAUUAACUCCUAGAGAGUUAGAAAUAAGAAGACGGGAGGAUGAGUACAGAUUUACAAAGUUGCUUCAGAUUGCUGGAAUUAGUCCACAUGGUAAUGCUUUAGGAGCAUCAAUGCAGCAACAAGUAAACCAACAAAUACCUCAGGAAAAACGAGGAGGUGAAGUAUUGGAUUCUUCCCAUGAUGACAUAAAACUUGAAAAGAGUAAUAUUUUGCUGCUUGGACCAACUGGGUCAGGUAAAACUCUUCUGGCACAAACCCUAGCUAAAUGCCUUGAUGUCCCUUUUGCUAUCUGUGACUGUACGACUUUGACUCAGGCUGGAUAUGUAGGUGAAGAUAUUGAAUCUGUGAUUGCCAAAUUGCUCCAAGAUGCCAAUUAUAAUGUAGAAAAAGCACAACAAGGAAUUGUCUUUCUGGAUGAAGUAGAUAAGAUUGGCAGUGUGCCAGGCAUUCAUCAGUUACGGGAUGUAGGUGGAGAAGGCGUUCAGCAAGGCUUAUUAAAACUACUAGAAGGCACAAUAGUCAAUGUUCCAGAAAAGAAUUCUCGUAAGCUACGUGGAGAAACGGUACAAGUUGAUACAACAAACAUCCUGUUUGUUGCAUCUGGUGCUUUCAAUGGUUUGGACAGAAUCAUCAGCAGGAGAAAAAAUGAAAAGUAUCUUGGAUUUGGAACACCAUCUAAUCUGGGAAAAGGCAGAAGGGCUGCAGCUGCUGCAGACCUUGCCAAUCGAAGUGGAGAAUCAAAUACUCACCAAGACAUUGAAGAAAAAGAUCGUUUAUUACGUCACGUGGAAGCCAGAGAUCUCAUUGAAUUUGGCAUGAUUCCUGAGUUUGUGGGACGGUUGCCUGUGGUAGUUCCUUUGCAUAGCCUAGAUGAGAAAACACUUGUACAAAUACUAACUGAGCCACGUAAUGCUGUUAUUCCUCAGUACCAGGCCUUAUUCAGCAUGGAUAAGUGUGAACUGAAUGUUACUGAAGAUGCUUUGAAAGCUAUAGCCAGAUUGGCACUAGAACGAAAAACAGGUGCACGAGGCCUCCGGUCCAUAAUGGAAAAGCUGUUACUAGAACCAAUGUUCGAAGUCCCUAAUUCUGAUAUUGUAUGUGUGGAGGUUGACAAAGAAGUAGUAGAAGGAAAGAAGGAACCAGGAUACAUCCGGGCUCCAACGAAAGAAUCCUCUGAAGAGGAGUAUGACUCUGGAGUUGAAGAAGAAGGAUGGCCCCGUCAAGCAGAUGCUGCAAACAGCUAAACUGUCAGACUUCUGUCCUGUAUAUAAAGUUUUCCUUCUUUUGUUUAGGAUCAUAACUGUCUCUACAGUCUGACAUUAAAAGCAUUGGAUCUCUCUUGGAUAUCAUACAUGGUCAGAAGCUUUUAGGAUAAAAAUCAGAUCAUGUAUAUAAUGUAAUCACAUUGAUUUAUACAGACUGACAUUACAUGGACUUUAAUGACACAGUGUUCAGAGACAAAAUGUACAUUAUUUUGGUUUGGUUUUUUAAAAAUAUGCUUUAAAAAAAUUCUUAGGAGUUCUUUUAAGCAAUGCAGGUGUUGUAAUAACUGUGGAUUUUACAAUAAUGUAACUAUAAAUGGGAAAAUAAAUUCUUUAAAAUUGAAGAUUGGGAUGCCAUUCUUUAGUUUAGCCUUUUCUACCCAUGUUUGUUUCCUGAAAAUAUUAUAAUUUUUUUCAUCUUAAAAAUUGGAACAGGUAGUUUCCAAGUAGUUAAAGAUUUCAUGGAAAAAGUACCCUGAAGAACCUUAUUUUGAUGAUUUGUUUAGCUGUAUUCUUAGUCUUAUCCACUAAUGCAUGACACUAAACUUCCCCAUUGGACUAUAAAAAAAGGCCAUUCUCUUGCUGACUUGUCUGAUUUAUUUGCCAUCUUUGGUCCAUUUUAGUACCAUGAGUGAGCAGAUGGAAUUGAAGUCUGCCUUAAAUCUUCAGAAAAAGCCUACACCUAAUUCUAAAAGUAGCAUUACAGCCAUGUGCUGAGCUAAAUAAAACAUCCUAAUACAUUUACCUAAAGUACUUAGUUUUUUGUUGUUUUCUGGUGCUGGAUAUUUGUCUAAUUCUUUGGCUUCAUAGAAUAUUAAAGAAAAUCUAUGCUAUCAGCAGAAGGGAAUGUGUUCAUACUAAAAUAUAAGUUAUUAACUUUCAUUAUAUAAGAAAACUAAACAGUGGGGGAAAUUUGGGGGACUUAACAGAGAAAAUUAUUUCAUUUGAUUCCAUAAAUAUUAAAAUAUUUGGGUACCUUUUAAACUUUUUUCUUUCCCACUAUAUUGAUAGACGUUCCUAUACUGUUCGUUCAGUUCAGCCUUGUUGGAAAUUGUUUAAAUCAGAGUACCUUUAAACAUUUGUUUUCAGUUUUUAGUUUAUAAACUCUUGAGUUUUCCCCUUACUGCCCCCACCCCCAUUUUCUUAGGAAAAGAACCCUAAGCUAUUAGCAAAUUCUACAUCUUGUUGAUGAAAUUGGGUUUUCUGUGAUGUAAUAAGAGAUGUUAGAUUAUCUAUUUAUGGCUGGGGUAGGACCAGAAAUGCACUUUUGCAAAGUAUUUAAGCCUGGUUGCUAGAGUAUAGAACAGAAACUGGUAUCUUUCUUGGUCUCCCUAGUAAUGGUUGAAGUUCUUCUCAGGAAGUCUUUCAUAUUAUAACUGUUCCUUAUCUUUUUCUUACAGCCUCAUCAUUUUCCUUUUUGUAGAGUGAAAAUUGGAGUAGCUACUAAAUAUAUUAAAGGCAGUCCUCCAGAAAUGCACUGGGAGACAUUUUAGUCACAACAACUUACAUUUGGUUUUGAAAGUUAAAGCAUAAUUGAUGUUUUUAAAUUAAACACAACUGAGUAUAACUACAAUUUGUAUCUUGAAACUUGUUUUGGCAUUUGAAUAAAACAAAAGGAUUAAAUGAAA